AUGCGCAAUGGCAUCCACGUCUGGGUCGAAAAUGGGGGAGUCGUCGGACGAGGCGUGCUCCUGGACUAUGCAGCAUGGGCUGAAGCCAAUACAAAACCGGUGAAUUGCUUUCAACCGCAGUCCAUUCCGGUCUCGGAUCUUCAAGAGGUCGCCGCCAAUCAAAACGUCAUCUUCCGACCUGGCAACAUCCUGUUUGUUCGAACCGGUUGGACUCGCGCAUAUGAGCAGCUUUCGUAG